AUGAAGAAAGAGCUUCUGAGCGAAGGCUUGUUGGCUUUGGUUGUUGGCGUGGAUUAUCUUGUUAAGCUCUGCAGAGAUGGUGAGCGUGAAGAAAGGACACUACCAUCAAAGAAAGACAGCUCUCAAAUGGAUUUGCUGGUCUAUGAUGACCAAGUAGAAGCAUCCGUUCCACAUAGAAAAUUGAAAACGUACAUAGUUGUUCCAGCGGAAAUACUUUGUUUAAUUCUACCACUUCUACUAGGAGUAGCCUUUUUAGUGCUAGCUGAACGUAAAGUAAUGGCUUUUGUGCAACGUCGAAAGGGUCCUGAUAUAGUGGGAUCGUUCGGAUUGUUACAACCUCUAGCAGAUGGUUUGAAAUUGAUUCUAAAAGAACCUAUUUCACCAAGUAGUGCUAAUUUCUCCCUUUUUAGAAUGGCUCCAGUGGCUACAUUUAUGUUAAGUCUGGUCGCUUGGGCCGUUGUACCUUUUGAUUAUGGUAUGGUAUUGUCAGAUCCGAACAUAGGGCUACUUUAUUUGUUUGCCAUAUCUUCGCUAGGUGUUUAUGGAAUAAUUAUAGCAGGUUGGUCUAGUAAGACGGGGGGCGGCCGUUUGGUCGCCUAUGAUAUACGGACCAAUUGGUCCAAAAUGGGUUUGUGCCGCAGGUGUUGA